CCGCGCCUGUGGGGGUGGGCUGGCGCAGCCCCGGGGUCUCUGGGCACCCCGAGUGCGGGCUGGCUGGCGAGGCGUGCCGAGGAGGCGCGGGCCGACGGCUUGGAGUGGUCUCACAUCUGAAACAUGGCUACCGAUUGGCUGGGCAGUAUUGUGUCCAUCAACUGUGGGGAAAGCUUGGGUGUUUAUCAGGGAAGAGUGUCAGCAGUUGAUCAGGUCAGCCAGACCAUUUCUCUCACUCGGCCUUUCCACAAUGGAGUGAAGUGCCUUGUGCCAGAAGUCACCUUCAGGGCAGGUGACAUUAUGGAGUUAAAAAUUCUGGAGAUACCAGGUCCUGGAGAAAACCAACAUUUUGGAGACCUUCAUCAGACAGAAUUAGGCCCUUCUGGUAUUGGGUACCAAGUGGGUCUCCAUCAGAAUGGCACGGGCAGGUUGGUCAAGAAGCCGGCCUCUUCCAGCAGUGCCCCUCAGAACAUCCCUAAGAGGGCCGACGUGAAGAGCCAGGAUGCUGCCGUUUCCCCGCAGCAGCAGUGCUCCCGGAGCUAUGUGGACAGGCACGUGGAGCCUUUGAGCCAGUCCAAAAGUUUCCGUCGCCGGCACAACUCUUGGUCAUCCAGUAGCAGGCACCCAAAUCAGGCAACUCCAAAGAAAAGUGGUUUAAAGAAUGGCCAAAUGAAGAAUAAAGAUGACGAGUGCUUUGGGGAUGAUAUUGAAGAGAUCCCAGACACAGAUUUUGAUUUUGAAGGGAACCUAGCCCUGUUUGACAAGGCGGCUGUGUUUGAGGAGAUUGAUACAUACGAGAGGAGAAGUGGUACCCGUUCCAGGGGGGUCCCAAAUGAAAGGCCUGCUCGGUACCGCCACGAUGAGAACAUCCUGGAGUCAGAGCCCAUAGUCUACCGACGGAUCACAGUGCCCCACAGUGUGAGCAAGGAGUUCUGCACAGACUCUGGCUUGGUUGUCCCAAGUGUGUCCUAUGAGCUACAUAAAAAGCUGUUGUCUGUGGCUGAAAAGCAUGGGUUGACUCUGGAGCGGAGACUGGAGAUGACGGGCGUGUGUGCCAGUCAGAUGGCACUGACCCUACUCGGAGGACCCAACAGGUUGAAUCCCAAAAAUGUUCACCAGAGGCCUACGGUGGCUUUGCUAUGUGGGCCCCAUGUGAAGGGGGCUCAGGGUAUCAGCUGUGGAAGGCACCUAGCCAACCAUGAUGUCCAGGUGAUCCUCUUCCUGCCCAACUUUGUCAAGAUGCUCGAGUCCAUCACCAAUGAGCUGUCUCUCUUCAGCAAGACCCAAGGCCAACAAGUGUCUAGUCUCAAAGAUCUGCCCACUAGUCCCGUGGACCUGGUGAUCAACUGUCUGGAUUGUCCCGAGAACGCCUUCUUGCGGGAUCAGCCCUGGUACAAGGCAGCUGUGGCUUGGGCCAACCAGAACCGGGCACCAGUACUCAGCAUAGAUCCUCCAGUGCAUGAAGUCGAGCAGGGCAUUGAUGCCAAGUGGUCACUGGCCCUGGGCCUGCCUCUCCCACUGGGAGAGCAUGCGGGCCGCGUCUAUUUGUGCGACAUCGGCAUUCCCCAGCAGGUGUUCCAGGAGGUGGGGAUCAACUACCACUCACCCUUUGGCUGCAAGUUUGUAAUCCCACUGCACUCUGCCUAGAGGCCUCUGGACAAGCUGGACCUGGUAGUCCCCUGCUGCUCCUGACACUGAACUUGACGACGAAUGCCUUAAGAGGAUGUGACGCUUCAUGGACCUUAUUGUUAAUUUCUCUCUUUUGGGUGUGUUUCUUCUGUGAGAGGACAGAGCAUAUAUUUUUUUUGCUAACAUGUGCUUAAAGCCGACCCGUCACCUGCCCUUCGCCAGGGUGUGUGAGGCAGGCGGCGGGCCGAGUGUGCAGUGGCUCCAGGCAUUUCUACACUCGGUCCCCUGCAUGGCCAGGUCGGGCUUUGUUUACAGACCAUAGGCAGCUCACAAACGGUGUUUCAGGUUUACAGCCACUGGGCCUGGCUUGGGUAGGUCCUGUUUGGGGGCCUGUGCUUCCUGUUUCAGAGCUGGUGGCUUUGUGUCCGCUCUGAUCAUGGACAGCUGACCGCACUGCAGCCGUGCACUGAAGGACAGAUUGCACUCCCCAUUCGCUGUGAGGGCUGUGGAGUCCACCACAAGGAGAUUUGGAGGCUUUUUGCCCUUUCCCUUAGCUGACCAAGUUUUAUGCUGGGAUUUUCCCCAAGGGCCCUCCUUUCUAACCCACUCUGAGAGGCAAGGAAAGGGGUGGCUUCCUCACAGGUAAUACCAGGUUAUGUUACUGUAGAACCAACAUGCCCAUCUUGCCAGCAGUGCUCCCUCACUGUACCCUCUCUAGCUGGGGGGCCCUGGUGCUUCUGUCCUAGGCCACCUCUGUGCCAGCACAUACACAGCCCUACAGUUUCCCCUCCGUAGCCAUCAUCCAAGAGCAGGGCACAUGUCCCUCCCUUGUUGGAACCCUUUUUGGCUGUCCCAUCUGAACAGGCUUGGGGCCAGCACCUCAUCUCAGAGAUGCCGAAAUGAGGCCAGUUCUGGGUAAGUUGGCUGGUGGAGCUCAGCCACAGAAACACUGUUGCUCAGGUCCUGAGGCACUAAGCCCCUACCAAGCAUGUCAGACUCGCGGCUGACUAAGUGAGGCAUGUGGCCUGCCGACCUCGUUUGACAUGCUUGUCCUAGGCCUUCACAGGCCUCGGCCCUGGGAGGCUGAUGGAGCAGGAGCCAUGCCCUGGAGUGCCUGGCAGCUGCCCGAGCAAGACUUGUGGUUUAAAGCUUUUCUCAGGGCUUCAGGCUGCCUCCUGCUUUGUGCCUGCCCAAUCUGGUUCAAGGGGUGAGCGGGAAGGCUCACCAAGGCUCACGGACACAGGUAGGCAGGCUCUGGGUUCAGGCUGCUUAUUCCGUUCCUAUAGGAACAUAGCCAGGAACAAAGGAGGCAGGGCAGGGGGCUGGUCCCUCCUCCUCCCAUCCUUCCUCAAAUGUUAAAUUGUUCCCAGCAGUGGGAGGACAGACUGUCAGCCCUGGGCUGUGUACCCUCCCUUGGCCUCUGCUCACUCUCAGGACCAAGCAGCUCCCAAGAUUGGGCCCUUUUCAGUCACAGGCCGUAAUCUGAGCAGUGCUAGAUGACAGGUACUUUAGUGAGCGACCACUAAGCAGUUCGGGCUGGCUGUUAAUGUGACUAGGUCCUUGAUUGGGUCCAGUAGAAAGUGAGCCAGGACAACCUGGUCCAAAAGAGCUUGCUCUAGUGAACUGCUGUGGCCUGGGGGCAAUGGCCUUGAGGAGCCACUGGGAUUUAUGCUCAAGCCUGUUUUUUCCCCCGUGGUGGCACUGUGCCCAGCCUGGGCAUUUCACAGUGGUACUCAGGAUAAGCACGAUUCCUGUCUUUGGCUCUUUUCAGAGGCAUCCUGCCCGCAGUGCCCAGUCCCCAAGGGGCCCCAGUCAGGUAGUCGAGAUUCAUUCAAACAGCUCUUGGGGGACCAAAAACCAGCACUAAAAUAAAGCCGAACGACACAGUCCUGCGCUCUAAGUUCCGCUCUGUAGCCUGACGGCAGUGAGACUGCCGGAGCCUGGGAGCCCACCUGGUCCCAUGCCGACAGCCUUCAUCAGCUGUAGUUUGGGGUACAUGCAGCGAGUAAAACUAGGUGCCCCUGGUGAAUGACAGUGGUCUUUCCCUCAACGUCCUUGGAGCGGAGGUAUGUAAAGGCCGGCGGGGAACAGGUACAAGACGGUCUGUCAGCAGGCUGAAGGCUAAAAUGCCCUUCUGGGCCCAAAGGGAACCCCCAGCUUCUGGUCUUCCCUGGUUGGUCCUGCGCCUGGCCCGGUUCAUACUUCGCGCUCCACACGCUGAACUGCUAAAGACUUUAUU